AUGCACAGGGGUUACUCCUGGUUCUACACUCAGGAAUUACUCCUGGCAGUGCUCAGGGGACCAUAUGGGAUGCUGGGAUUAGAACCCUUUAUUAUUUCUGGCCCAAUAUUUUUUGUUUGGUUUUGGGGGUGAUUCAGGCUCCUGUGAUUAUCCCUGGUUCUGUUCUUACGGGUGACUCCUAACAGUGCUCAGAGGCCAGAUGGGUGGUGGGAAUUGAAUCUGGAUUAGCUGAAUGCAAAUCAAGCACCUUAGCUGCUGUGCCAUGGCCCUGAUCAUUAUUGACUCUUAGAAUUCUCACUGUGAAGCCAGUGUCAAUCUUUGUUUUUAUUUUGUCUGCGGGCCUCACCUGUGAUGCUCAGGGAUUCCUGGCUGUGCUUGAACUGGAGCGAUAGCACAGCAGGUAGGGUUUGCCUUGCAUGCGGCCGACCUGGGUUCGAUUCUUCUGUCCCUCUCAGAGAGCCAGGCAUGCUACUGAGAGUAUCCCGCCCUCACGGUAGAGCCUGGCAAGCUGCCCAUGGUGUAUUUGAUAUACCAAAAACAGUAACAAGUCUCAAUGGAGACGUUACUGGUGCCCGCUCGAGCAACUCGAACAACGGGAUGACAGUGUUAUCGUAGGGGGAACCGUUGGAUGCCAGGGAUAGAACCUGGUCGGCUGCAUGCAAGGUAAGUGCCCUAUCUGCUGUACUACUGUCCCCUGUUUUUUUGUCUUUUCUUGGGGGUUUGGGCCACACCUGGUGAUGCUUGGAAUUUCUGGUUAUGCUUAGAUGUCACUACUGACAUUCAUGUGUGUGGAACUGGAGCUAGAAUGGGCCAAGCGCUGUCUAUUUCCCUGUACUAUUUCACUGGCUCCAGGGUCAAUCAUCUUGAAUGACAAAUACGGGAUUACUAAGAGAUUGGUGGCAAGAUAUGAUGUGUCUGAGUCAGGUUGGGGGUUGGGAUUGUCUCAAUUAUAGGAAGUCAAGAAGACUUUCGUUUCCUCCUUCUCCAAAAGCAGGCAGGGGGAGAGGAUUGAUUUAUUAAGCAGUGCUUACAACUGAGGUUCAGACUGUUCUGCCAUGAGGUUAACUGUGCUUUUCUUGGCUUUUCUAGGGUUACUAACAGCCCAGGAGAUAGAUGACUGUCCUCAUAAGAAAUCAGCCACUCUGCUUCCAUCAUUCACUAUGACACCUGCGACAGAAAGUCCAGCAAGCCUUGGAACAACCAGCCACGGUACUACCAAGAGCCACACUACUACUGGGAGCCACGGUACUACCAAGAGCCACACUACUACUGGGAGCCACGGUACUACCAAGAGCCACAGUACUACUGGGAGCCACGGUACUACCAAGAGCCACAGAACUACCACCACAGGCACUACUAGCCAAGAACCCAGGACAACCACUCACCAUCCUACUACCACCAGUCACAGAAAUACCACAGUUCACCCAACAACAGGCAACAGCACUACCACCAACCCAGGACCUUCUACCAGUUCCCCCCACCCAGGACCCCCUCCGCCCUCUCCGAGCCCGAGCACCAAGGAGGCUGUCGGAGACUACGUGUGGACCAAUGGCUCCCAGCCCUGUGCCCGGCUCCAAGCCCAGAUACAAAUGCGAGUUCUGUACCCAACCCAGGGUGGAGGAGAGACCUGGGGCAUCUCUGUACUGAACCCCAACAAAACCAAGGCUCAGGGAAGCUGUGAGGGUGCCCACCCCCAGUUACUUCUCUCAUUCCCCUAUGGGAAGCUCAGCUUUCAAAUCCAGCAGGAACUACCGAAGAACACGGUCUAUGUGAACUAUAUGGCUGUGGAGUACAACGUGUCCUUCCCAUAUGCAGCACAGUGGACAUUCUCGGUCCAAAAUUCAUCCCUUCAAGAACUCCAAACCCCUCUGGGCCAGAGUUUCAGUUGUAGAAAUGCGAGCAUCACUCUUGCAAGAACUUUCCACCUUGACUUGCUUUACCUGAAGAUGCAAGCUGCUCAGCUGCCCCACACAGGAGACUUUGGGCCAAGUUUCUCUUGUCCAAGUGACCACUCCAUCCUGCUGCCUCUCAUCAUUGGCCUGAUCCUCCUUGGUCUCCUGACCCUGGUGCUUGUGACCUUCUGCAUCGUCCAGAGACGCCAAUCCACCUACCAGCCCCUCUGAGCACUUGCCCCAACACCUGGGGCAAGAGGGGUCCCUCACCACUCACCUGAUCAGUUAUCUUCCUUCUCUCCGUCUUGAAGAGCAAAGAGAAAGAGGGAUGUAGAGAAAGAUUUUUUAUUAAUUAUGACAGACUGCCGCUUCCCACUGAAGAGUAGUAAAACCUAUUAAAAUCUUUGUCCCUGUUUUUUCAUGUCCUUCCUGCUGGGAAUAAAGUUUGUUUCAUGUC